AUUUGAAGUGAGUGCUAAAGAAGUUAAAAAAAUAACGCAAAACAAGAAGAAAGAAAGAGUAUGACAACAAUACGAGUUAGUGAGCUAGCUCUGUGUCUACAGAUGAUGAAGAAUGUGAAGUACAUUGCCAUGUAGUACUUCUUCUUUUAUUAAAUCCAGGCAGUGUGUACUUACUCGCAUACAUACAAACAAACAAACAUAGAUAAUAGUAAUACGAGAAUAAACAAAAGCACCGGAGCAGCUCCAGCCGUCAGUCUCAUUGUCUUAAACCAGUAACAGUGUGUGUUUUUAUUGUUGUUACUCGAUAUUAGUUGGUUUCUUAAGCAACAGCCCCCCAAAGAACUAGCAGCAACUACUUUUCUUAUUGUCUUACUUUGAGAGUGCGAGAGAGAAGAGAGCAAGUGUGCGGUCCAACAAAAUAAUUGAUGACAAUGACAGAGUAAAACAAAUAAUUGAAUGUUAUGUGAGAGUAAUUGCAUUUACAAACAGAAUACAGUGGUCAGAAACCAGUGCAUAAAACAAACAGAGAGUUGCAUUUAUCAAGUGAGAGGUAGAGAGGAGAGAGAGUGAGUGUGUUGUGAGUUGUAAUAAGCAAGAGUAGAAGAAACAACAACUGCAAUAGUGAAAUUGUAACCAAUUGCUUGCAAAACAAUGGAAUUCAUCAAGUGAAGCCAAGCAAAGCAGAACAAUACCAAACAAGAAAUAAUAGCAGCAACAGACAACCACAAGACAUUGAUGAAAAGAAAAUAGUUUGAAGUAAAAGCAAAGAAAGAAAUAAAAAUACCUACCUUUCGACAAUCAAAAAGAAGACAACAAAAGGUGUUAAUACUACUCCCCUUUUUGUAGAUGACAUCAAGAGCAGGGGGAAAAUCACCAGCAGCAGCAACAAAACGAACGACAUACCAAACAAUGCAUUUUUAAUUACACAGUGAGAAAAGAAAAGCAAAUUUAGAUAAAUACCUUAAAAAAGUGAAAAAUAAUAAACAGUGUGAAAGAAAAAUACACAUAAAUUUUCCUCUUUUUGAUACCAACUCGAGAGAAUUGAAAUUAAUUGCAAAGUGUUGUGUUAAACAACCAAGGAAAGUUGAAUGUUUAUUUUAUGAAUGAAUUUUAUAGCUGCUGCCAUUCCUCAUCAUCACCAUCACCCGGUGACCACUACCACUGCUACAAAUCAGCUGCCGAUCAUUUUAAUUUUGCCAUUAAAAGUGAAAGAAACAAACGUUGAGGGUUUAUUAAACUAUAAAAUACGUUCGGAAAGUACCUAGCACUACUCCGAGAAGAGACGUAGACAGGACAAGACACAAUGGCUGCGACAUUUAUUCAAGAUAACAGCAUGCAGCAGCACAAUUGCCAUGCGAAAGGGGGUAACAGUCGGCCGCCACACAGAAAAGAAAGGCAAAGCAAAGCUGCCGUUGGAAUAUUAUGUCAACGAUUAUGGCUGGCAUUGUUCUGUUUAAGCAUCAUCAUGACACAACAGUGUUUAGCUUUAGUUUUAAUGGAAACACCAGCACCACCACCACACACAACAUCAGACAAUUUGGCAGCUGCCGAGGAUAAUUCAACAAAUCGAACAGAGAUACCCUUACCACCACAAUACAUAAAGCCCUCCACCAACUCACCCCCUGUGAGCAGGACACCAGCAAAUCGUUUGCCAGCACCCAAGAGGGUUGAACUUAACAAAUGUUGUCUUUUUGCUGAAUAUCUGGAUAAAACCAAAACUUGUUUGGCCGGAGCCACAGAUAAAUGGGUACCUUUGAUUUAUCUAAUGAAUCGCAAGGAAUACUACCGACCACAGGGUUCCAGUCCAAAGUUCCUAACAUUUCAGGAUAAUGUCUUUCCCAUCAGUAAGGCCCGCGGCCUUGAGGAAGAACAAUUGAAUGGGGAUGAUGAUGACAAUGUUUCCUGUACCGUAGACGAUUUGGUUUUAUACACUGGCACCGACAGUUUUGUCAUCUUCUCCAAUGGCUCCCUCUUUCUGCCCGAUCGUCUGCUAUCCAUACCACCACAACGUUUCUGUGUUGAUCAACAAGCCGCCUUGGUGUGUUUCCCCAAGCCCAAACACCCGGAACCCACAUUAAAAUUUCGCAAAUGCUGUCUACAUGGCAUCUACGAUAUUCGCAAGAAACGCUGUGUCACCGAUGGAACCCAUAAAAACCAAUUGAAUCUAUCCCUGCCACACAAUGUCAGCUAUCAAACUAUCUACGGAUUUCCAAAAUGCAACGAAGAAGAUGCCAUUGAAAACUCCAGCUAUGCCUUGGCAGGAAAUUGGUCUGUCGAACAAUUGCUGUCAAACGAAACAGGGCACUUUCAUUUGUCCGAUCAUCAAAAGAACAUAUCCGGCGAGGAUUACUGCCUAGAGUACAUACGUUCCCACAACAACGAAGCUGAGGAACUAAAGGUCUUUGCUUGUCUUCAUCACUUUGGCAAGGUUUCGGAUGAGGAGUCUCACAUUGCCACCCUCAGUGUUGGGCUAUUUAUCUCCGUAAUAUUUUUGGCCGCCACCCUGGUGGCCAGCUAUCUAAUGCCUUCCAUACACCAUGUCCUGCAUUGGAGAUGCCAAAUCUACUAUGUGUUCUGCUUAUUAAUUGGCAAUUUCCUAUUGGCCUAUAGUACAGUGAGUAAUUCAACCAUCACAGAUGUUGGCCUGUGUAAAUUGGUGGCCUCUGGCAUCCACCUAUUUUAUCUGGCUGCCUUCUUUUGGCUCAACACCAUGUGUUUUAAUAUUUGGUGGACAUUCCGAGAUUUCCGUCCAAGUUCAUUGGAAAGAAAUCAAGAAGUAAUACGUCUACGCUUGUACUCAGCCUACGCCUGGGGUAUCCCCCUGCUAAUUGCAGCCAUUGCGGCAUGUGUUGACCUGAUGCCCGAAUCGGCCUUAUUACGUCCUGGCUUUGGUGAACGCAAUGAUAAUGGAGACCUUGUCUGUUGGUUCAAUCGAAAAGAAAAAUCACCCAUUUCUGCCUAUUUCUUUGGACCAAUUGGAAUUUUAUUGGGCAUCAAUAUUAUGCUCUUCCUAUCCACCACCUAUCAACUGACCUGUGGUCUGUGGAAACGCGAUGAUGUCAAAUCGACCACAGAGAAAACGGCACUGGGUAAAGUUUGCCUUAAACUGGUUGUUGUAAUGGGCGUUACCUGGUUUGCCGAUGUCCUGGUGUGGAUAAUUUUUGGCGCUGCCGGCGAUAACGUUGUCAUCGACUUCAUCAAUGCCAUACAAGGUGUAUUCAUAUUUCUUGUGGUCGGUUGUCAACCACAAGUAUGGGCUGCAUGCCGUCGUUUCUGUUGUCCCCGAUCGCGUCAAGAAAUCACCAAUACCACAAACGGUGUACAACAUUCUUCAUCGUCACAAGGUCUACCUUCGUUGGCAGCUUGCGGUGGCGAAAUAACUCAGAAUACAUCAGUGCAUAAUACAACGCUUGGCGGCGGGGGAGGUGGAGGAAAUAGUCUUGGUAACCAUAUACCACCACCACCAUCAGCGGCGGCGACGGCGGUAACCACAACAUCUACAAUGAAAAUUCCCAUGGAGACUGUAUGCUAACAAAAUAAAUGGUUGGCUCUCUAUGAUGCAUGGGAAAUGUAAAUAUCCAAAGAAGGACCUCAAUUUGCGCCCGCCCCGCCCCUCGAUUGCCGAAAAAGAAACCAAGGACAUAUUGCCAAAGGUAUAAGGACGACAAAGGCUAUCGAUGCUCUGCCAAAUUUUUUGUUUGGUUUGGCCAAUCAAAGGCUAACAUUUCAAGGACACAACGAAAGGACAGUUCAAAACAAAAAAAAACUAUGACGAUUUGAUGACAUUUGUAAAAAAUCACUGAGGAGUUUUGCAAUGCAAGGUUCCCAAAAAAAUUAAAAACUGUAUUAUAACAUACUAUUACCAUAACUUAUUGUAAAUAUAAUUUUAAUAAAAAAAAAACUGCGAUAAUAAACAAUUUUAUACAACGACAAAAA